AGAGAACGGCGAGAAUAUUACUUCCGGGUUUCACGCGAGUAACCUGGAAAGAGGGAUUUACGAUAAGUGGUCAAGAAGAAAAGGCGAUGACAGUGUUCUUCGGAUGCCGUUUGAGGAACAAAAAUAAUAACGAGUUGUAAACAACGUAUGAUGCGCGCCCUGAGAAAACUGGAACUCACACUAGCUAUUCUGAAACCCGAUGUUGUAGCUCAACCUCACAUUCUAAAGGAAAUCCGUUCAGUAAUCCUGCAGCAAGAAUUUUUAUUUGUGAGAUCAAAGAAGCUGAUCUUAUCACCAACAAGAGCAAAGGAAUUUUACAAGGAGCAUGAUGGAAAGUUCUUUCUCAACCGUCUUGUGUCCUUCAUGAGCAGUGGGCCGAUAUGGACACACAUACUGGCCAGAGAAAAUGCCAUUCCUGAGUGGAGGAGAAUCAUGGGCCCAACUAAAGUAUUGAAGACAAUCCAUGAAGCUCCAGAAACAAUCCGUGGUCGGUUUGGAUUGACAGAUACUCGGAACUGCACACAUGGAUCUGAUUCCACUGAAACUGCCGCUCGUGAAAUCAAGUUCUUCUUUCCUGAGUUCUCCAUUGGCAAGUGGCAUGACACUGAGGAAACUCAUUUCUUCAGUCGACAGGUCAGCCUUGACGAGGACUUGUGUCAACAUGUUUCCCUUCAAGAUGUAUCUGAUGCCAUCAGUUGAUAACAUCCUAGUCUGUUAACCAAUUGUUGUAGCCCCUGUUACCAUGGCGGUGUGAUAAAGAAAUGUGUGUGUGAGAAUGUGGGUUAGGAUAUUUUCACAGGUUAUAUGAAGAAAUACAGUGAUCAAGCUGUGACUGACUGACUGACUGAGUUUGGUUUUACCCCGCUUUUAGCAAUAUUCAAGCAACAUCACGGCGGGGGACACCAGAAAUGGGCUUCACACUUUGUACCCAUGUGGGGAUUCG